AUUUGCGUGUAAAACUUUUAAAUCUAGUAAAUAUUAAAAUUUUUUGAUAAUCAUCGAUCAGCAUUGCUGAACUGCUUUGUGUACAAAUAAAAACAUUGAUUAUUUUUAUUCACAUCACAACAAAACUAGAAAGAGAGGCACAAACGGCAGAAGUGCUUCAGAUUUGCUUAAAUAUCGGCCCGUUUGUCUUCCACGAGACUGUUUCGGAAUGAAAAGGGUUGUCCUCUUUAAAAAUGGCACCGAAGUGGACGGAAAGGUUUUCUUGGUCACCCAUUCCUUGGAAGACCUUCUAACCUCGGCCAGUGCCAAAUUCUCGAUCCAGGCCAAAAGACUUUUCACCGCACAAGGCGGGGAAAUUGACGAUGUGAAACUUCUGAGGGACGAUGACGUGCUCUACGUGUCCGAGGGCGAAGACUUCAAAGGGUCAACCGCCCGUCCAGUCAAGAGUUUGAAAAACUCGUCAGAUUGGCUCGUGCUGAACGUCGGCGGAACUCGAUUCAGCACCACCAGAUCCACCCUUGUGGCCAAAGAGCCUUCUUCGAUGCUGGCUCGGAUGUUCGGCUCAGGGAUGACCCCGGCCAAUCAAGACUCUGAAGGCGCCUAUCUGAUUGACCGGAGCCCCCAGUAUUUUGAGCCAAUUUUAAACUAUCUAAGGCACGGGAAAUUAGUCUACAACUCAAACGUCAGCCCUGAGGGUCUCCUGGAGGAAGCCAGGUUCUACGGGGUUGAAAGUCUGAUUCCCCAGCUUGAGAAUAUUGUUAGCCAAAUGCACAGGUCGCGUGACCUGGCACCUUUGGGCCGGAGAGAUGUAAUCAACGCCCUGAUUAUAACACCCUUCACAACAGAGCUCAGGUUCCAGGGUGUUAAUUUGGCAGGAUCGGAUUUGUCGAGGUUGGAUUUGCGUUACAUCAAUUUCAAGUACGCCUGUCUGCACGGUUGUCGCAUCAUGGGAGCCAACCUGAGUUGGUGCUGCCUCGAAAGGGCCGACCUGAGCCACUCGCAAUUAGAUGGAGCCCAAUUGUUGGGUGUCAAAAUGCUGUGCGCCAACCUCGAGGGUGCCAACCUCCGGAGUUGCAAUUUUGAGGACCCAGCAGGCAGCCGUGCCAACAUGGAGAGCGUGAACCUGAAAGGUGCAAACCUGGAAGGGUCGAAUAUGGCUGGGGUCAACCUGAGGGUCGCCACCCUGAAAAAUGCCAACCUGCAGAAUUGCGUCCUCAGGGCGGCCGUUCUGGCAGGGGCCGAUUUGGAAAACUGCGACCUGUCAGGGUCUGACCUGCACGAGGCAAAUUUGAGAGGUGCCAAUUUGAAGGACGCGGCUUUCGAGCUCAUGCUGACGCCGCUGCACAUGUCGCAGACCAUCCGUUAGUGAUUUAAUCAUGUGAUAUCAUUUCGCAAUUUAAAUAGUAAAUUAGAACUGCUUGGGUAUUUCUUUGGUUUAGAACCAAACCCUCUAAAAAUUUUUUUUCCAAAUUUCGACCGUACAAUGAAUGUUGUAAACAUGUUCUUCUGAGCCUUCAGAAUCUGAAUCUUCGUGAAUCUUAAAAACUUUUUGAACAAAGAAUUUUCAUUUUUCGCAUUUUUUUAAUUCAACAUAGAGCAAUUCAACCUUAACAUAUAAAUCAAUAUCGUUGAAUUUCUGCUGUUAUAAGAAAUAAUCCCAGUUGUAUGAUAAUGUGUGAUGAAGAUGGAACGAAAAUACAUAUUUUGUUGUAUUUGAAAAAAAAAGAAUAAUUUUAAUUUUGUAAUUAUUAGUAAGUUCUUCUCUCAAUAUAAUCCUGUAUAAAAAAAAUGUACUUUCCAACUAGUCACAUUUCAUCUGGUUUGAAUCUCUAUGUACAAUGUUGGAAAAAUUAAGAGAUUUUAUUGAAAAUUUAAAUGAACUUUUAAAUUUAUAUAACUAUAUAAGUAUGAAAAUAUUGUACUAUUCCAAUGUAUUGUUUAUUUUUGUAAUCUCGUGAGUUUGAAUCUUUAAACAGAGCGUGGAAACAAAGCAAAAGAUUAAAAUUAAAUAUGUAUCUUCUGAGAAGUUUAGGCUCUAAAUGUAUAGCUAAUGAAAUAAAAAAAGGAAAUAAUAAUGUUGAA